GAUGUCAGUGGCGUGAGGCUCAGGAGUAUACAUCAGGGGAAGCCAAAAGCCAGCUGGAAUAGUUCCUGAAUACAGUCUUAAUCUUGUUUGCAAUUAUUUUGAAGGGGAGAAAUCAUCUGGAUCAGAAUUAAGAUGCUCUUGUUUCAAGGAAAUAGCGUGCAACUUGUCAGAUCCUCCUUUGGACUCUUCUUGAGAAAUUGGUCUGCCUCUAAGACAUCUCUGCCUGUGCUGACCUUAUUCACACAGCCGGGCGCAGACCCAUGCUCCCUUUGUGAUGAAGCCAAGGAAGUACUCAAGCCUUAUAAACACAGGUUUAUUUUACAGGAGGUAAACAUCGCACUUCCAGAAAACUCUGCCUGGUAUGAAAGGUAUAAAUUUGACAUUCCUGUCUUUCACUUGAAUGGCCAGUUUCUGAUGAUGCAUCGAGUAAACACCUCAAAACUUGAAAAACAGCUCCUGAAACUUGAGCAGCAAAGUGCCGGAGGCUGACUAAUGCCCUCAUGAUUUUCCACCUGCUCUUUCCAUAGGCAUCUUCCUAAGGAAAUAUUUGACCAUGGCCUGAUACUCCUUUUGUCACUUACACAGAGCCCUAAGGAUGUUCUGAACUCAGUGGUGCCAAAUAAAUGUUGACAUUCCUCUUUUGGUUGAUGGAAAAAAA